GGUUAAUAAUGCAAUGAAAAGUAAAGUCAAUGGGAAUUCAAGUGGAGCAAGAAAUACGUUUGAUCGGUUUCAGAAUGGAGGACCAGACUCAUACUUUUCCCCUUACAAGAAAAGUUUUAAUGAUGGCAGAUGCCUGUCUCAGUCUUCCAACUUUUUAUCGGACUGCCUGUUGCAAGACUAUGCACCUCUGCCUUACACAGUUUGGUCAACUCUGGAAGACGGUUGUAAAUCAGUGGAUUGUCCUCAAGGCACGCCUAAUAACAGACAUCUGAUAGAUGGCAGCAGUUGUGGAAGUGAAGCCGAUCUUUAUGGAUUAGUGUCAAACAUCUUGGACGAGCCGGAUUCGAUGGACCCAUACUCCUCACAUUUCUCAGAAAACAGGGCAUCGUCUAGUCUGAAAGGUGUUUGGUCUCCAAAGUUAAUGAGAGAGGACAGCCUACAGUACUUCAAUAAUGAGGUGCAGGUGCCACCCAGCACUGGCUUCCCAUCAAACCAAAUUUGUGCUAAACCAGUCAGCAGUGUCUGUCAUCAGGUUGCAGGCAGAGAAUCUCAUCAGUGGUCUGAACCUGAGAAUAUCAACGGUUUCCAUUCUUCUGUGCCACCCUUUCAUUUCUCCUGCAAUGGAGAGGCUGAUACAUAUUUUUCCCCACCUCAAAAUCUCCCUUUUCCCCCAGGCUUAAGCCCAGCGUCAGCUUUAAGGUCUUACAUGGGUAAACCUGAGUAUAUUACACCUGAGAAGGAUGAGGGAUACUGCAGCAGCACUAACUGCCUGUCUGAUUACAUAAGCAGAGCCAACAACUCAGUUUUCAGUUCGCCCCAUGACUUUUCAGCUGUGGGCAUGGAAAAAAUGAGAAAAGCUGAAUCUUUCUCUAUGCAGGAUGUCAAUAAACUGGCCAUUCUCUUAGAGCAGGAUGGUAACUGCAGAGAAUCGUAUCAGAACAACUUUCUUGUCCGGAGGAAUUGUGAGGAAAUCAUGGCAGAGCAGAAAAGCCAUCCGUAUAAAAAGAUGUCAGAGCUUAUUACUCAGAUGCCAAAUUUUAAGAGAGAAAUGACCCACAGCAAUGUGAACCAAGCAGAAGCUGACGCAGGAGCCAAAAAUUCAUUUUUACAAAGUUAUUUUCCUACAAAUGAUUUUUUGGCGUUCGGACAACAGCCACCUAAACCUUUUUCACCCACCUUCGUCCAGCCAAACAAAGAAGCCAGUCAGAUGGGACAAAGUGUGAAUCAGUUUCGGCAAACCCUGUCAAAUCAUUACAAAAGCCAAGCUAGCAAUAACAUUGAAUCACAGGGGUUACCAAAGCUUUUGUCUGGGGUUGCUCCAUUACUUCCUUCUCACCAGUUGUUUCAGACUGCGUCAAGAGUCCCAGCAGAUUUCAGUCAGGGAAAUGAAGAGAAACUACAGAGCACUGUAAGCCAGACCAGUCUGGAGGGUUUAAGGAACGGAUUUGGAAAUAUGGACAUUUCAAACUUUGACCUCCAGCUACAGAACAACAAGCAGUCGACAGGCCUCAUGGUCGAUGGCCGUCUUACUCAGCGAUUCAGCAUGAAGCCCAAACUUCCAGUUGGUUUUCCUAAGGAGACUGACAAGAGACCUGGACUUCUGCAGAAACCAUACCAGGGGCUGGACAGUGUGUACGGCGGGCGGGUCAGAUAUACCGGAGCUGGAUCAAACUCAGCCAAACCCACACCAUCGCAGCUUUUCCCAUUCCUGUAUCAGAUGCAUGAUCCUAGGAAAAAUGCAUGCCAUCCAAUUCAGCCUCCACCUCCACUGUCUUAUGGAGGCCUUAUGCCUGUGAUCGACAUGAAUGAACAUUUUGCAAAUGGAGAUAUUUCAGCCCUCAGUCCCUACCUGCAAGAGUUUAGUGUGGCGAGCCAAGCAUUGGGGGAUGGGGCUUUCCCAGGUUUUAUGUCUGCUAUGAAUUUACCUAUGCUUGGCAAAGGACUUGGAAGCCCCAACAGUCAGCUACACUCUUAUCUGGAGGAAUGUUAUGAGCAGUGGAGAAUGCUGGAGAAAGAGAGAAAAAAAGCAGAAGCUGUUCUUAUGAUGAAUUACCCAGGAAAACGUGUGUCUGUGGUGACCAGCAGCACUUUACCCAAAAUUCCUCCAAACCCCACUAGAGUGGACCGACUUAUCGUAGACCAGCUGCGAGAACAAUCCAAGGUGGCAGGUUUGUUGGGAAAGAUGGAACAGUUGCGUAGUUUUCCGCUUCAUGCUAAUAUCAUCUCAGCGCUGGACAGGCAUCUUGAGAUCAUCUACACCACUCAGGCACGCCGCAAGGAUGAAUUCAUCAAUGCUGGCAGCAGACAGAGGCAGCCAGUGGCCUUCUUAAGAGAGGAAAGGGAGACACUUCUGUUGGCAUCUGCAGUGAAAGAUCUGUGCAGCAGCACCAGGAAGGCCCGGACGGCUCUUUGGUGUGCUUUGCAAAUGACUUUGCCCAAAACAAGCAUUUACCAAGAGGAGAGACAUGAGGAAGGUAUCUGUUCUCCUUUAGGGCAAGACAGUCCUGAGCAGAGAAGCUUGAAUAUAGCACUGACUGCCCUGUGAUAACUGAAUGUCAGGUACACAUUUGUGUGUGUCUUUUUGUUUAACACAGAAUAACAUUUUUAGCCUGUCAGAAAUGUUGUGAUGGGAUUGUGUUUUAAAGGGGAAUAGAUGAGUUAUUUAUGUUAUUAUAUUACAGUGAUAUGCAGUAUUAGGCUCAGUUGUGGGCAGCUGGUCGAAUUCUUAGUUCAUUAAUAUUUAUUAGUCUUCUGUGGAAACCACCAAUCAAAAUACAAUCAAAUUCUCCAAAAGUGCAUACAAUUAUGAGAUCAGUUUUGAAUUACUGUCCAAGGACUCCUAAUAAACUUCCAGGUAAGAACGUUUUGAGAGAGUAACAUGUGCCUCAGGAGACUGGGAGUGGCUGAAAAGUGACAGUUAAAAAUUAAAGAGGGAUGAAAUCAGAAAGAAGGAACCUUUUUAUUGGACAAUGGUGAUAAUGAUAUAGAUGUUGCAGCUGGAGUAUCAUCUGUGACUUUGGAGGAUAUGGGGAUUUUGUUGCCCAGUUGACCCUGAAUGUGUAUAAAUAGUUAAUACUUGUGUGUGUUUUGCUUUGGACAAAAGCAAUAAUUUAUGUUAGUUUAUUUUAAAGUUUAAUUAGUGUCUGCUUCAAAGUAACCAACAUCCUCUGCUAGUUUAAAGUCAACUGAUACACCCAUUCACAAAAGCUAAGGCAGUAUUUAUAACCAAAGGUUGUGUUCUGGUUGUCCUGUCAUUACUUAUUUAUUUGAGAAUAAUUUAAUUUGAAUAAGCAAUUGUUUUAUAGUGAUCUAACUGGGCAAUUAAUGAUAAUAAUAGUAGAUAUUUACCUAACUCUGAAAAUCUGAAUGUGAUUUUACUUAGUUACUCAGUUUGCUUUUCUUAAAUCUUUCCCUGACAAUCUUUCAAUCACUAUUUUUCCAAGUAUGUUUAAUAUCAAUAUGUGUGUGAUUUAAUUAUUUUAGAAUAUAUUGAGCUAUAUACGGAGAUAUCAUUAAUGGACUGAAAUUAAAUGAAUGUUACCUGUGAAUGUUAAGACUGUCAUUGUUCCUAUGAUGUGUGCUUCUACUGUUAUUGCUUCAUUUCUCUUUUUUUUGUUAACUUUCUGUUCAUUAA